CCUCUGUGAGGGGCUCUGCUCUUUGCCCGGGGCCCUCGGGCUCCACUGGAGGAUGUCCGUGCUGCCCCCAGCCCUCCGUCCGUUCAUCCCCAGCCAGCGCCAUUGGGCCCGUGGCCCAGCCCCUGCCCUGCACCAUGAAGGAUGAAGAGAGGCUACACAAUAAUGCUGUGGCCUGGCUGGCGUGCGCCGGGGUCUCCCUACUGACCAACGCAUGGGGCAUCCUGAGCGUCAGUGCCAAGCAGAAGAAAUGGAAGCCGCUGGAGUUCCUGCUGUGCACGCUGGCCGGCACCCACAUGCUCAACAUUGCCAUCCCCAUCACGAUGUACGCGGUGGUCCAACUCCGGCGUCAGCAUUCUGACUACGAGUGGAAUGAGGGGCUCUGCAAAGUGUUUGUGUCCACUUUCUACACCCUCACCCUGGUCACCUGCUUCUCAGUCACUUCUCUGUCCUACCAUCGCAUGUGGAUGGUCCGAUGGCCGGUCAACUACCGGCUGAGCAACACCAAGAAGCAGGCAGUGCACACGGUGAUGGGCAUAUGGAUGGUGUCCUUCAUCCUGUCCACCCUCCCUGCCGUGGGCUGGCACGACACCACCGAGCGCUUCUACGCCCACGACUGCCGCUUCAUCGUCACCGAGAUCGGGCUGGGCUUUGGGGUGUGUUUCCUGCUGCUCAUCGGAGGCAGCGUGGCCAUGGGGGUGGUCUGCACCGCCAUCACCCUUUUCCAGACCCUCUCCCUCCAGACCGGCCACAAUCUGGACCGUAACAAGUUCAACGUUCCGACCAUCGUGGUGGAGGAUGCUCAGGGCAAGCGCCGCUCUUCCAUCGAUGGCUCAGAGCCCAUCAAGACCUCACUGCAGAUCACGUACCUGGUGGCUGGCAUCGUCUUCAUCUAUGAUUGCCUUAUGGGCGUCCCUGUGCUGGUGGUGAGCUUCACCAGCCUCAAGUCGGACACCUCCUACACCUGGAUGGCUCUGUGCAUGCUCUGGUGCUCAGUGGUGCAGUCCCUCCUGCUGCCCCUCUUCCUGUGGGCCUGUGACCGCUAUCGGGCUGACAUCAAGGCUGUCUGGGAAAAGUGUGUGGCGCUCAUGUCCAAUGACGAAACAGAUGAGGAGACCAGCCUGGAUGGCGGCCUCCACACGGACCUGAUGUAUGAGCGGCCCUUUGACUACAGCUGCAGGGGUGACUUCCUUGCCCUGGACCACAUUGCCAAGUAUGACUUCUCUGCCUUGGAAAGGGGGAUCCCUCAGCUGUAUCCUCUGCAGCCCAUCCAGGAGGACAAGAUGCAGUAUCUUCAGGUUCCACCCACUAGGCGGUAUUCCCAUGAUGAAACAGACAUGUGGCCCACAGUCCCCCUGCCUGCUUAUCUGCACCGCCCCUGGGGCUCAAGUGAAGAUAUGGCUGCUCUGGCCCACCUGGUGUUGCCCUCCCCAUCUGAUCGUCGGGGCAGCUUGUUAACCUUCUCAGAAGUCACCCCCUACCGCAAGCGUCGGAGAUCGGCAGAGAGUCUCCUGUCCUUGCGCCAUUUCCCCCGAGAUGAGGUCUGUGGCCAGGACCUGGCUUGUUUCAGCCGAGAGGAGGUGGUAAGCUUCAUCGACGAGUCCCCUCUGGCCAGCCCUCUCCGGAGCCCGGCCCGCUCUGCCUCGGCCUCUGUGCUUCCUGACACCUUUGGCUGCCCUUCCACCCACUUCACCCUGACGGACUUUGGGAAGGAGCCGCAGGCCUUGCGCCGGUUCUCUGGCCAGGGUCGUGGCUGCCUCUUGGCGCUGCCAGGACCCUUCCAGGCGAGGGACCUCCAGUCCCCAGGCUUCUUCCCUGUGAACAGCAGACAUCGCCAGGGCUCCGUCCACAUUGAGCUUUGCGAGGCCCCUGCGUGUGAAGAGCCCCCACCUCCCCCAGGUGCCCACAAGACUGACUUAGACGCAGACUCCAAAAGGUUUCAGAUGAGCCUGAGUGCUUCCUGGGGGGACUCUGAGAGCUUGAGGCCAGUGGGGGGCAAAGGCAGUAACAGCAGCUUCCUGAGCUCUCCCUCCGAAUCCUCGGGGUACAUCACCUUGCAUUCUGACUCCCUGGGCUCCGCCUACUAGUGGAUGAUGGGGAGGGGUGGUGCUCUCCACCACAGAGUAUCUGGCCCCUUACCCCUAGGCUCCCUCACCAUGGGCCAGGGGGUGAGAAAGGGUAAUGAGCUCUUGAUUUCUCCUCUUCUGCUAUUACACAGGCCUUGGCCUUGGGGUAGUCGGAGCUGAGUAAAAACACCAAAGAAUCACUCUCUCUCCUCCUUCCCCUUCCCCUGCCAAGAAGCCCAGCUGAGCUAAAGUUGGAGCUGCCGGUUCCAGCUGGAGAUGGAGGAACUACAGACUCCUGGAGGCUGGGAACCCAAGGGCAGAAGGCAGGGCUCUACUGCAUGCAGACUGAGCUCAGAUCUGCAAGAGAGAAGAGGGAAGGGUGAGCUGGCUGGAGGAACCUGGCAUUGCAGCUGAGAAUCCCACACGGGGUAGAAACAAGAACACAAGGUCUUCUCUCCCUUUCUCCUUCCCUCUUCUUUCCCCUUUUUCUUUCCCUGUCUCUCUGUUCCCUUUUCCUUCCUCCUCUCCCCCCCCCUUCACUCUACUUGAUCCAUUUUCCACUGUGACCCAUAACUAACUGUAAGUCCACCCUUCUUCCCCAACCCUUUAUACUCAUCCCUUGGGGCUGUGGAAGGAGAGAAAAGAUCCUCUCUGGGAUCUCUAAAAGCACAGGGGCAUGCAAAAGCCCAAACCCAUUUCCCUCCUCACAUGCCUCAGGCCUGUUCUGCCUCAGUUUCCCCAUCUGUGAAGAAUAGGGGAUACUAAUUACUUAACUCUCAGGGCUGUGGUGAGGACUCACGUCCUUUGUGUGUGCAGAAUGGGGCAGUGGGGUAAUAGUUGGGAUGGCCAAUCUAGGGACACCUGACGUCCAGAUGUCCAAUAUCUGUGUUCUCUACUGCCCCUUAUGAUCACCAGCUGGGAGUGUGCAAGACAGUGGGUGUCCUGGGUGAAAAAGGGACAGCAUCAGGGCAUUGAGCAAUACAUAGGCCAGGACCAUGCAUUCCAGGAAGCCUUUCCCAGCAACCCACAGCUCAGUCCUCCUCUCCCACGCUGGCUUGGCUCGAAGGUCAGGGGAUAGGCCUUCCUGCUCCAAACCAUUGCAGGACUCCCUGUGUCUCAACCCCAAGUCAGAGCAGAGAUGCCCAAGCCUUGCAGCAUCUCCAAGGGCAGGGGGCAGAAGGUGGGGAGUGGUCCACAGAAGCACAGUCUGUACAAAGGCUACCCUGAAUCUUUCCUUCUUGAGCAAUUAAAAAGACUCCUGAGCAGAGAGGAGUUUAGGGAUUUUGGUUUCUGGGAAGGACCACACUUCUCAGGUCACUCUUUGCAGUCACAAUGGGGAGGGGCGGGCUGGGAGUGGGGGUCACACACACACAGACACACACACAGUGUAAAUAGCAAUCCGACUGUGGCUGAUUUUCUUAGAGCUGGAGGCACCUCUCCAGAAAAUGCUGCUGUGCCUUUAAGGACUGAACAUAUGUUGGUCAGUCAGUGACCUCCUUUGGGGUAAGUGACUGCUUCCUGCUUCCCUUCAACCCAGGGUGAGGGGAAGGAUAUGGCUUUAAGCAACUGUUUAAAAUAUGUAAUACUGUCUAUUUUUCCACACACAUUUAUAGCAUCAGAACAGUCACAUGGCAAUAUUUGGAGGCUAAUGUGGUCGGGGCACGAAAUCCCAACUCUUCGAACCCAGUUUUUACACAAUUUUAGAAAAAAAAAAAAUCUCAUCCAAGGAGCAUUUAUUUAUUAAGCACCUGCUAUGAGCUGGGUACUGUGUUGGGCCCCUGGGGAUACAAACACAGGAAAAGAAAUCCUUCCUCCCUUCAAGGAGCUUAGACAUUCUACUGGAGGUGUUUACAUCUUUCUGAAAUCAGACAUUAGAACUCCAGUAGAAAUACCCAUCCCCGGUGGGGAGAGGCCAGGGUGCUGGCCAGCUAGGGGCUGCUGUUGCAUUUGGGGUUCCAGAUUUGGGCCCUCCUCCUUUGCACAAUGACUGUGAUGUUCACACUAGUGUUUAUGGGGCUUACACUACUCCUUCAAAGUAUGCUGUGUGUAUGUAUUUUGCAGUUGUAAAGAGUCUGUUGCUUCUACGUUGUCUGAUGCAUCCCAAAUGUCUUUCUACCGGUUUGUCUAUCCAAAGUGAUUUAUUUGUCUUUGCUUACCCUAAAGUGGGGAACACUGGAGACCUGUUUGUAAUUUUCUUUCCUCCUUUUUUUGAGACAACUUGCCAAUUCUCUUCUGUACAGGACUGAAUAAAACUCCCUCCAAAUGGUUUG